UGAAAGGGUGCCCAUGUGCUGAGCUGUGCGGCCGCGCACGCCGGGAGAUCUGCCAAAUGGCAUCGCGGGCAAUUACAUAAACUGCCUCAGUGAUUACCGGGAACCGUGAUGCGAGCCCCCUGUUCGCGAAAGACAAGCCCGAAAGUUUGCCUGCUUGAGGAAUGCCCUGAAGUCAGUUUCUACGGUGAGCACUCAGAGGUGAUUACGACUAAGCAGUCUGGAGUAUUGGGGAGAACAUCAGCUUUGGAGCCCGAAAGAACUGGGUCAGACCCUGACCCUCACCUCCUGGCUGUGUGACCUUGGGCGACCCUUCUGGGCCUCAGAGCCUUCAUCUGUAAAAUCGGGAAAGCAGCAGAGCCCAUCUCAUAUCACACGGCUGUGAGGAUUAAGUGUUCAUUCAGGAGGACACCUGGCACACACAGAUGGAAAAACUGAGAAUCAGAGAGGGCUAGUGAUCUCUCGGACACUUGGUCAGUAGAAGGGAUCCCAUCUCGUCCUCCAGGAUCCGAUGGCCCUGGAGAGAGGACUGCAGGGCACACGGACACUGCUGACUCUUCAGAACGUGCUGACAUGCAGCCAGGUAGACUGAAAUUACCAUGUGUCCAAAUUAAAAUUGCAUACUUCAAGGAUUAUUUGAAGGAUUAUUCUUAGACCCUUUUAAGAAGAUUUAAAGAAAAACCACUCGGCCCUGAGUGCGGCAAGGACCCUGUUUGUGGAUGUGGAGGAGCGCCGGCCGGAGGCCAUGGACGUAAAGGAGAGGAAGCCGUACCGCUCGCUGACCCGGCGCCGCGACGCCGAGCGCCGCUACACCAGCUCGUCCGCCGACAGCGAGGAGGGCAAGGCCCCGCAGAAAUCCUACAGCUCCAGCGAGACCCUCAAGGCCUACGACCAGGACGCCCGCCUCGCCUACGGCAGCCGCGUCAAGGACAUGGUGCCGCAGGAGGCCGAGGAGUUCUGCCGCGCAGGCACCAACUUCACCCUGCGUGAGCUGGGCCUGGGGGAGGUGACGCCCCCGCACGGGACCCUGUACCGGACAGACAUCGGCCUCCCCCACUGUGGCUACUCCAUGGGGGCCAGCUCCGAGGCCGACCUGGAGGCCGACCCUGUGCUGUCCCCCGAGCACCCCGUGCAGCUGUGGGCCCGCGGCACGCGGUCGGGGCGCAGCUCCUGCCUGUCCAGCCGGGCCAACUCCAACCUCACGCUCACCGACACGGAGCACGAGAACGCGGAGACCGGUGCUCCCUUGCAUUGUUCAUCCGCUUCAUCAACCCCUAUUGAGCAGUCCCCCUCCCCGCCCCCUUCCCCUCCGGCCAAUGAGAGCCAGAGGCGGUUGCUAGGCAACGGUGUGGCCCAGCCAACCCCGGACUCAGACUCUGAGGAAGAGUUUGUCCCUAAUUCAUUCUUAGUUAAAAGUGGCUCCGCCAGCCUGGGGGUCGCGGCAAACGAUCCCCCGGGCGGCCUGCAGAACCACUCUCGGCUCCGGACACCGCCGCUGCCGCUCUCGCACGCCCACACCCCUAACCAGCACCACGCGGCCUCCAUUAGCUCCCUGAACCGGGGCAACUUCACUCCGAGGAGCAACCCAAGCCCGGCCCCCACGGAUCACUCGCUCUCCGGAGAGCCCGCGGCCGGGGGCGCGCAGGAGCCGGCCCACGCCCAGGACAACUGGCUGCUCAACAGCAACAUCCCGCUGGAGACCAGAAACCUAGGCAAGCAGCCAUUCCUAGGGACAUUGCAGGACAGCCUCAUUGAGAUGGACAUUCUCAGCGCCUCCCGCCGUGAUGGGUCUUACAGUGAUGGGCACUUCCUCUUCAAGCCGGGAGGCACCUCCCCGCUCUUCUGCACCACAUCGCCGGGGUACCCUCUGACGUCCAGCACCGUGUACUCACCUCCGCCCCGACCCCUGCCCCGUAGCACCUUCUCCCGUCCGGCCUUCAACCUCAAGAAGCCCUCCAAGUACUGUAAUUGGAAGUGCGCGGCCCUGAGCGCCAUUGCCAUCUCAGCCACGCUGGUCAUCCUGCUGGCGUACUUUGUGGCCAUGCACCUGUUUGGCCUAAACUGGCACCUGCAGCCGAUGGAGGGGCAGAUGUAUGAGAUCACGGAGGACACAGCCAGCAGUUGGCCUGUGCCAACGGACGUCUCCCUGUAUCCCUCAGGGGGCACUGGGUUAGAGAUCCCUGACAGGAAAGGCAAAGGAGCCACGGAAGGAAAGCCCAGUAGUUUCUUUCCCGAGGACAGUUUUAUAGACUCUGGAGAAAUCGACGUGGGGAGACGGGCUUCCCAGAAGAUUCCUCCUGGCACUUUCUGGAGAUCUCAGGUGUUCAUAGACCAUCCUAUGCAUCUGAAAUUCAAUGUGUCUCUGGGAAAGGCGGCUCUGGUCGGCAUUUAUGGCAGAAAAGGCCUUCCUCCUUCACACACACAGUUUGACUUUGUGGAGCUGCUGGAUGGAAGGAGGCUCUUGACCCAGGAAGCACGGAGCCUGGAGGGACCCCAGCGCCAGUCUCGGGGAGCUGUCCCCCCUUCUAGCCAUGAGACGGGCUUCAUCCAGUAUUUGGAUUCAGGAAUCUGGCACCUGGCUUUUUAUAAUGAUGGGAAGGAGUCUGAAGUGGUUUCCUUUCUCACCACUGCCAUUGAAUCUGUGGAUAACUGCCCCAGCAACUGCUAUGGCAAUGGCGACUGCAUCUCUGGGACCUGCCAUUGCUUUCUGGGCUUCCUGGGCCCUGACUGCGGUCGAGCCUCCUGCCCAGUGCUCUGCAGUGGGAACGGCCAGUACAUGAAGGGCAGGUGCCUGUGCCACAGCGGCUGGAAGGGCGCCGAGUGCGACGUGCCCACCAACCAGUGCAUCGACGUGGCCUGCAGUAACCACGGCACCUGCAUCAUGGGCACCUGCAUCUGCAACCCCGGCUACAAGGGCGAGAACUGCGAGGAAGUGGACUGCGUGGACCCCACGUGUUCGGGCCGGGGGGUCUGCGUGAGAGGCGAGUGCCACUGCUCUGUAGGCUGGGGAGGCACCAACUGUGAGACGCCCAGGGCCACGUGCUUGGACCAGUGUUCGGGCCACGGAACCUUCCUCCCAGACACCGGGCUUUGCAGCUGUGACCCAAACUGGACUGGACACGACUGUUCUGUCGAGAUCUGUGCUGCCGAGUGUGGUGGCCACGGCGUCUGCGUGGGGGGCACCUGCCGCUGCGAGGACGGCUGGAUGGGGGCGGCCUGCGACCAGCGCGCCUGCCACCCGCGCUGCGCCGAGCACGGGACCUGCCGGGACGGCAAGUGCGAGUGCAGCCCGGGCUGGAACGGCGAGCACUGCACCAUCGAGGGUUGCCCUGGCUUGUGCAAUGGCAACGGCAGAUGCACCUUGGACCUGAAUGGGUGGCACUGCGUCUGCCAGCUGGGCUGGAGAGGAGCUGGCUGUGACACGUCCAUGGAAACCGCCUGUGGCGACAGCAAAGACAACGAUGGAGAUGGCUUGGUGGACUGCAUGGACCCCGACUGCUGCCUCCAGCCCCUCUGUCACGUCAGCCCGCUGUGCCUGGGCUCCCCAGACCCUCUGGACAUCAUCCAGGAGACACAGGCCCCUGUGUCCCAGCAGAACCUGCACUCCUUCUACGACCGAAUCAAGUUCCUCGUGGGCAGGGACAGCACACACAUCAUCCCCGGGGAGAACCCCUUUGACGGAGGGCAUGCAUGUGUCAUUCGUGGUCAAGUAAUGACAUCAGAUGGGACCCCGCUGGUUGGUGUGAACAUCAGUUUCGUCAAUAACCCUCUCUUUGGAUACACGAUCAGCAGGCAAGAUGGCAGCUUUGACUUGGUCACAAAUGGCGGCAUCUCCAUCAUCCUGCGGUUCGAGCGGGCCCCCUUCAUCACACAGGAGCACACCCUCUGGCUGCCUUGGGAUCGCUUCUUUGUCAUGGAAACCAUCAUCAUGCGGCACGAGGAGAAUGAGAUUCCCAGCUGUGACCUGAGCAACUUCGCCCGCCCCAACCCUGUCCUGUCUCCUUCCCCACUGACGUCCUUCGCCAGCUCCUGUGCAGAGAAAGGCCCCAUCGUUCCGGAAAUUCAGGCUUUGCAGGAGGAAAUCGCCAUCUCUGGCUGCAAGAUGAGGCUGAGCUACCUGAGCAGCCGCACCCCUGGCUACAAAUCUGUCCUGAGGAUCAGCCUCACCCACCCCACCAUCCCCUUCAACCUCAUGAAGGUCCACCUCAUGGUGGCGGUUGAGGGCCACCUCUUCAGGAAGUGGUUUGCUGCAGCCCCAGACUUGUCCUAUUAUUUCAUCUGGGACAAGACAGACGUCUACAACCAGAAGGUGUUUGGGCUCUCGGAAGCCUUCGUUUCUGUGGGUUAUGAGUAUGAAUCCUGCCCAGAUCUGAUCCUGUGGGAAAAAAGAACAGCAGUGCUACAGGGCUAUGAAAUCGAUGCUUCCAAGCUGGGAGGAUGGAGCCUGGACAAACAUCAUGCCCUCAACAUCCAAAGUGGCAUCUUGCACAAAGGGAACGGGGAGAACCAGUUUGUGUCUCAGCAGCCGCCUGUCAUCGGGAGCGUCAUGGGCAACGGGCGCCGGAGAAGCAUCUCCUGCCCCAGCUGCAACGGCCUUGCUGACGGCAACAAGCUCCUGGCCCCCGUGGCCCUCACGUGCGGCUCCGACGGGAGCCUCUACGUGGGAGAUUUCAACUACAUCCGAAGGAUCUUCCCCUCCGGGAACGUCACCAACAUCCUGGAGUUGAGUCACACUCCGGCGCACAAAUACUACCUGACCGCAGACCCCACGAGCGGGGCUGUCUUCCUUUCGGACACCAACAGCCGGCGGGUCUUCAAGAUCAAGUCCACCGUGGUGGUGAAGGACCUCGUCAAGAACUCCGAGGUGGUGGCAGGGACAGGUGACCAGUGCCUCCCCUUUGAUGACACUCGCUGUGGGGAUGGUGGAAAAGCCACGGAAGCCACACUGACCAACCCCAGGGGCAUCACGGUGGACAAGUCCGGGCUGAUCUACUUCGUGGACGGCACCAUGAUCAGACGCAUUGAUCAGAAUGGGAUCAUCUCCACUCUGCUGGGCUCCAACGAUCUUACCUCAGCCCGGCCCCUGAGCUGCGAUUCUGUCAUGGAUAUUUCUCAGGUUCGCCUGGAGUGGCCUACAGACUUAGCCACCAACCCGAUGGACAACUCCCUCUAUGUCCUGGACAACAACGUAGUCCUGCAGAUCUCUGAAAACCACCAGGUUCGCAUUGUCGCCGGGAGGCCCAUGCACUGCCAGGUGCCCGGCAUCGACCACUUCCUGCUGAGCAAGGUGGCCAUCCACGCAACCCUGGAGUCGGCCACUGCCUUGGCUGUCUCUCACAACGGGGUCCUGUAUAUCACUGAGACCGACGAGAAGAAGAUCAACCGCAUCAGGCAGGUCACCACUAGCGGAGAGAUCUCACUGGUUGCCGGGGCCCCCAGUGGCUGCGACUGUAAAAAUGAUGCCAACUGUGAUUGUUUCUCUGGAGACGAUGGCUAUGCCAAGGAUGCAAAGCUGAACACCCCAUCUUCCUUGGCUGUGUGUGCUGACGGGGAGCUCUAUGUGGCUGACCUUGGGAAUAUCCGAAUCCGGUUUAUCAGGAAGAACAAGCCUUUCCUCAACACCCAGAACAUGUAUGAGCUGUCCUCCCCAAUCGACCAGGAGCUCUACCUGUUUGAUACCAGUGGCAAGCAUCUGUACACCCAAAGCCUACCCACAGGAGAUUACCUGUACAACUUCACCUACACUGGGGAUGGCGACAUCACGCUCAUCACAGACAACAACGGCAACAUGGUGAACGUCCGCAGAGACUCUACAGGGAUGCCCCUCUGGCUGGUGGUCCCAGAUGGCCAGGUGUACUGGGUGACCAUGGGCACCAACAGUGCACUCAAGAGCGUGACCACACAAGGACACGAGUUGGCCAUGAUGACGUACCACAGCAACUCUGGCCUUCUGGCAACCAAAAGCAAUGAAAAUGGAUGGACGACGUUUUAUGAGUACGACAGCUUUGGGCGCCUGACCAAUGUGACCUUCCCUACUGGCCAGGUGAGCAGUUUCCAAAGUGAUACAGACAGCUCAGUGCAUGUCCAGGUAGAGACGUCCAGCAAGGAUGAUGUCACCAUAACCACCAACCUGUCUGCCUCAGGUGCCUUCUAUACACUGCUGCAAGACCAGGUCCGGAACAGCUACUACAUCGGGGCCGACGGCUCCCUGCGGCUGCUGUUGGCCAACGGCAUGGAGGUGGCCCUGCAGACGGAGCCCCACCUGCUGGCCGGGACCGUCAACCCCACCGUGGGCAAGCGGAACGUCACGCUGCCCAUCGACAACGGCCUCAACCUGGUGGAGUGGCGGCAGCGCAGGGAGCAGGCUCGCGGCCAGGUCACCGUCUUCGGGCGCCGGCUUCGGGUUCACAACCGGAACCUCCUGUCUCUGGACUUUGACCGUGUGACACGCACAGAGAAGAUCUAUGACGACCACCGCAAGUUCACCCUCCGCAUCCUGUACGACCAGGCGGGGCGGCCCAGCCUCUGGUCACCUAGCAGCAGGCUGAACGGUGUCAACGUGACCUACUCCCCAGGGGGCCACAUUGCUGGCGUCCAGAGGGGCAUCAUGUCUGAGAGGAUGGAAUACGAUCAGGCGGGUCGCAUCACAUCUAGGAUCUUUGCUGAUGGGAAGACCUGGAGCUACACGUACUUAGAGAAGUCUAUGGUGCUGCUCCUCCACAGCCAGAGGCAGUACAUCUUUGAGUUUGACAAGAACGACCGCCUCUCUUCUGUGACCAUGCCCAACGUGGCCCGGCAGACGCUGGAGACCAUCCGCUCAGUGGGUUACUACAGGAACAUCUACCAGCCCCCCGAGGGCAACGCCUCAGUCAUCCAGGACUUCACGGAGGACGGCCACCUCCUCCACACCUUCUACCUGGGCACCGGCCGCAGGGUGAUAUACAAGUAUGGCAAGCUGUCCAAGCUAGCCGAGAUGCUAUACGACACCACCAAGGUGAGCUUCACCUACGACGAGACCGCCGGCAUGCUGAAGACCAUCAACCUACAGAACGAGGGCUUCACCUGCACCAUCCGCUACCGUCAAAUCGGGCCCCUGAUCGACCGCCAGAUUUUUCGCUUCACCGAGGAAGGCAUGGUCAACGCCCGCUUUGACUACAACUAUGACAACAGCUUCCGGGUGACCAGCAUGCAGGCCGUGAUCAAUGAGACCCCGCUGCCCAUCGACCUCUAUCGCUAUGACGAUGUGUCGGGCAAGACGGAGCAGUUCGGGAAAUUUGGCGUCAUCUACUACGACAUUAACCAGAUCAUCACCACGGCGGUCAUGACCCACACCAAGCACUUUGACGCAUAUGGCCGGAUGAAGGAAGUGCAAUACGAGAUCUUCCGCUCGCUCAUGUACUGGAUGACCGUCCAGUAUGAUAACAUGGGGCGAGUCGUUAAGAAGGAGCUGAAGGUGGGACCCUAUGCCAACACCACCCGCUACUCCUAUGAGUAUGAUGCCGACGGCCAGCUGCAGACGGUCUCCAUCAAUGACAAACCACUCUGGCGAUACAGCUAUGACCUCAAUGGGAACCUGCACUUACUGAGCCCCGGGAACAGUGCACGGCUCACCCCACUACGGUAUGACCUCCGUGACCGCAUCACCAGGCUAGGUGACGUGCAAUACAAGAUGGACGAGGACGGUUUCCUGAGGCAGAGGGGCAGUGAUGUCUUUGAGUACAACUCAGCGGGCCUGCUCAUCAAGGCCUACAACCGAGGUGGUGGCUGGAGCGUCAGGUACCGUUACGAUGGCCUGGGGCGGCGGGUGUCCAGCAAGAGCAGCCAGAGCCACCACCUGCAGUUCUUCUAUGCAGACCUGACCAGUCCUACCAAGGUCACCCACCUGUACAACCACUCCAGCUCUGAGAUCACAUCCCUCUACUACGACCUGCAAGGACACCUCUUUGCCAUGGAGCUGAGCAGCGGAGAUGAGUUCUACAUAGCCUGUGACAACAUCGGGACCCCUCUUGCUGUCUUCAGUGGAACGGGCUUAAUGAUCAAGCAGAUCCUGUACACGGCCUACGGGGAGAUCUACAUGGACACCAACCCCAACUUCCAGAUCAUCAUUGGCUACCACGGUGGCCUCUACGAUCCGCUCACCAAGCUCGUCCACAUGGGCCGGCGAGAUUACGACGUGCUGGCUGGUCGCUGGACUAGCCCAGACCACGAGUUGUGGAAGCAGCUUAGUAGCAGCAAUAUCAUGCCUUUUAAUCUCUAUAUGUUUAAAAACAACAACCCCAUCAGUAACUCUCAGGACAUCAAGUGCUUCAUGACAGAUGUCAACAGCUGGCUCCUCACCUUCGGAUUCCAGCUUCACAAUGUGAUUCCCGGCUAUCCCAAGCCAGACAUGGAUGCCAUGGAACCAUCCUACGAGCUCAUCCACACACAGAUGAAAACUCAGGAGUGGGACAACAGCAAGUCUAUUCUCGGGGUACAGUGUGAAGUGCAGAAGCAGCUCAAGGCCUUCGUCACCCUGGAACGUUUUGAUCAGCUCUACGGCUCCACAAUCACCAGCUGCCAGCAGGCCCCAGAGACAAAGAAGUUUGCAUCCAGUGGCUCAGUCUUUGGCAAAGGGGUCAAGUUCGCCUUGAAGGAUGGCCGAGUGACCACAGACAUCAUCAGUGUGGCCAACGAGGACGGGCGGAGGGUUGCUGCCAUCUUGAACAAUGCCCACUACCUAGAGAACAUGCAUUUCACCAUUGACGGGGUGGACACCCACUACUUCGUGAAACCAGGACCUUCGGAAGGCGACCUGGCCAUCCUGGGCCUCAGCGGGGGGCGGCGAACCCUGGAGAACGGGGUCAACGUCACUGUGUCCCAGAUCAACACGGUGCUCAGUGGCAGGACUAGACGCUACACAGACAUCCAGCUCCAGUACGGGGCACUGUGCUUGAACACCCGCUACGGGACAACACCGGACGAGGAGAAGGCACGGGUGCUGGAGCUGGCCCGGCAGAGAGCCGUGCGCCAGGCCUGGGCCCGCGAGCAGCAGCGACUUCGGGAAGGGGAGGAAGGCCUGCGGGCCUGGACAGAGGGCGAGAAGCAGCAGGCGCUGAGCACGGGGCGGGUUCAAGGCUACGAUGGCUUCUUUGUGAUCUCGGUCGAGCAGUACCCGGAACUGUCAGACAGCGCCAGCAACAUCCACUUCAUGAGACAGAGUGAGAUGGGCCGAAGGUGACAGAGAGGACCGUGGCCGGGACUUCUUGCCAAAGACAGCUACUCUUUUGUGGCCGCGUACCUGACUGUGUUGUACUUAAAAAAAAAAGAAUCCUUUUUUUAACAAGUGCAGAAAGCAAACAAACAAAAAAGAUACUGGGUUGCAUUGUAAUUCAUGCAACAUCCUUUUUUUUUUAAGAAAAGAAAAACACAAAUUUGGCCUUCACACAUUUUUUGCAAAGAACAGAAGGUAUUUUUUUUCCGUAGUGUGAUCACAAUGAAAACUUGCUUGUCUUUUGUU